AUGGUCUACCAAAUCAAAUCCUUCACCGUCCUCCCCCUCACCAUCCCAUCCACGCCCGCAUUUCCCAAAUCCACGACACACACCCUCUACCUGCAACCCCAUACACCAAAAAUACCCGUAGAAGAGGAUUCCCGAAGUCUAUUCCUCCUCAACGUACCCAUCGAUUCCACACCCGCACAUCUACGGGGAAUCUUCACCAGUUUACUCGGUGCCGCAGGACGAGUAGAGGAUAUCCAUUUCGGGGGAGAACGUCGAAAAGCUGCGCCUACAGCACCAGCACCCAAAUUACCAGUUGGCAAAAAGCGCAAACGCGGUCACGAAGACGUCGAUCUCGAGCUCGAUGUGUCCCUCCCAGAAACCUCGGAUCGAGCGCUCCAUCGCAGUGGCGGUACCGCAAUCAUCGUUUUCGUAGACAAGAAAAGCGCCGAAGCGGCAUUGAAAGCGAUUCGCAAGCUGCACAAAUCAGGCAAGACGUCGUUUCCUGUCUGGGGCGGCGGACUUUCCAACAAAAUACCAGCGUUGGGAGGUGCGCGGUAUGAGACUUAUCAUGCGUUGCGGUAUCCAGAUGCGAUGACGCUGCAGAUGAAUGUCGAUAACUACAUGACAGCAUUCAACGAGAAUGAGGAGCGGAAGAAGAGGGAGGAUAAGAAGAAGAGAAAUGUGCCUGACGAGGAUGGUUUCGUGACGGUCACUAAAGGCGGUAGAUCUGGGACUGCGAAACGGGAGGAUGUUGAGGAGAAGAGGAUAGAAAUGGAAGAGCGUGAGGAGAAGAAGAGAAGAGAGUUGGAAAGGGCAGGAUUCUAUAGAUUCCAGGUUAGGGAGCAGAGGAAGCUGGAACAAUCAGAGUUGGUGAAGCAAUUUGAGGAGGAUAAGAGGAGGGUUGAAAAAUUGAGGGAGAUACGAGGGAAGAGGGGAGUCAGGCCUUGA